AUGUCUUCUUGUGCUAACACAUCAUGCACUGUGCAAGAGUUUAUUUGCCAUGGACUCCUUGUUGAGGUUCUUCAUGAAAAUCCAGAGCUGCUCAUUUUCAAUAUGUCGUUUCAGAUACUGAACAGCAUUGCAGCCACGUUUGGAAAUGUUUUGGCGUUGCUCGCAAUAUGGCGCACACCCUCGCUUCACUCUCCGUCCAACACACUUUUGUUUGGCUUGGCCGUGUCCAAUUUGGGUGUUGCAUGUUUGGCUCAACCUUUUCACGUCGUAUUCCAGGUAUCGAUGUAUCGGGAUGAUCGAGAUGUAAAGUCAUGUGCGAUGAAUAUUACAGGCUUCUUUCUAAACGUCUUCUUCAGUAUGGUGACACUCCUAAUAAUGACUUUGAUAAGCAUUGACAGAUAUUUAGCCAUAUCUCUGCAUCUACGAUAUCGUGAGAUCGUCACGAUCACUAAAAUAAGAAUCCUUCUUUGUUUUUUAUGGGCAGUAGGAUGCGCUGCUGCGACGGUGUCUUUUUCGACUUUCGAGAUAUUUCAGUGGACUGUAGUCGCUCUAGAGUUGUUCUGUCUCUCAGUUGUGUUUUAUACUUGGAUUAGAAUCCAUAAAAUUGUCAGACGACAUCGAGCUCAGAUUCAGCAACAACAAAUUCAAAUUGAAAACCAGCCGUUUAAUAUGUUGAAAUUUAGAAAAUCUACGUUGAGUUGCAAGCUCCUGAUAUUCAUUUAUUGGUUUUGCUAUCUUCCUCAAUUCAUUUGUAUUAUUUUUUUAAAAUUUAACAGGGAAAAGAACAGCUUCUUGGCCCUUUUUAUAAGCUGCACUGCUGUAGUACUAAACUCUUCAUUAAAUCCCCUCAUUUAUUUCUUGAGGCAGGAAGACAUUCGGACAUCCGUUAAGCAAAUAUUAAGAUCAAUAACUCGCUGCCAAGAACAACAUUAGACACUCUCAGUAAGACCCUUGAGAUCGAUGCAUGGAAUUGAAAUAUAAUUUUUUCGAGCAAAUCUGUCAGUCGUUUGACGAAAAUUAAUUUUCUCUGUCAUGACAAAUUAACUUUCAGUUAAACUAGAAUAAUUUAAACGUUCAAGUACCAUUCCUUGUGACUUGGCGUCUCACGAUUGUUCACAGAAAAGGCAAGACUGCAUAUUAAUUGAUCAAGCGAAUUGAAAAUAUAGAUCAUAAACGCAUGACAAAUGACUUUUCUAUAAGUUUAUUUGCUUUUUCAUGGGGUAUUUUUGGCAAAGUCAAAUAGAAAGAAAAUAGA